AUGGAGACCAUGGAAGGAGCUGAGCUCUGCUUUCCACAGCUGAAUGCCUCCUGCAAGAAACCUACUCAACCUCACACUGAAGCAAUGCUGAUUUAUGUUCUGCUUUCCUCUAUCUCUCUGUUCACCGUGGCCCUUAACCUGCUGGUCAUCAUCUCCAUCUCCCACUUCAGGCAGCUCCAUACCCCCACUAACCUCCUACUCCUCUCUCUGGCUGUCUCAGACCUUCUUGUGGGCCUCCUGCUGAUGCCAGUUGAAAUCAUCUACAUAGAGGCUUGCUGGUUUCUUGGUGACAUUUUGUGCACUCUGUAUUAUGUUGUAGACUACAUCAUUACCUCUGCCUCAGUAGCCAACAUGGUGCUCAUAUCAGUUGACCGCUAUAUAGCUAUUUGUGACCCUUUGCUUUACGCCACCAAAGUCACUAAGAGAAGAGCACAAAUAUGUGUCUGUUUGUGUUGGGUUUGUUCUGUUUUCUUUAGGAUUCUUCUUUUAAAUGAUCACCUGGAACAACCAGGUAGGUCUAACUCCUGUUUUGGAGAGUGUGUGGUUGUAAUCAGUUACAUUGCAGGAAUUAUUGACCUUAUUUUCAACUUCAUCAUACCGAUUACCAUCAUCAUAAUUCUGUAUAUGAGAGUAUUUGUGGUGGCUUUGUCUCAGGCUCGUGCCAUUCGGUCUCAUAUUGCAGCUGUAACAACCCAGCAUUCAAGGCCACAAACUGUGAAGAAAAUGGAGAUGAAAGCAGCCAGGACACUUGGUAUUGUUGUGGUUGUGUUUUUGUUUUGCUUCUGUCCAUACUAUUUUCCGACUCUGGCAGGUGAAGACACGUCUGUCGAUGCUUCAUCUGCAGCCUUUGAGAUCUGGCUGGCACAUUUUAACUCCUGUUUGAACCCUGUCAUCUAUGUCUUCUUCUACCCGUGGUUCAGGGAAUCCAUAAGACUCAUCCUGACACUUCAGAUAUUCAAGCCUGGAUCCCGUGAUACUAAAAUAUCAUAUUGA